CCUCGUCUCUCACCUCGAUUCUCAACAUGUCUAAAUCUUCCAAAUAUACAGCAGCCGGAUAACGGGCCCCCCUAUGAGUGAAAUGUUAUUUUACGACAUAUUUCCCGUCUUAUCGUCCAAGCGGAGCUAUCCGCAAACGCGCAACAUGUCGACGAAUCCCCGCAUGCAAUCAUUCCACGUCGUGCUCUCGCCAUCGUCCUGCUCGGCACACCCCUCUACUUAUACCGUUCCCUGCUUCCUCUCAGCUGGCACUUCACUACGUCGCCUCUAGCACUGAGCCAGUGUCGCAUCUAACGCUCACCGUCGCAUCUAAUACUCGCCGUCGCGUCCACCAUGACUGCCACCAACCGCACCGCCUCCUCUAACCCAGAGGACUACACCCAGCCCUACUGCGACUUCAUGACCGAAAACCCCACAAUCUUCCACGCCGUCUCCACCGUCGCCUCUUCUCUCCGCGCCGCAGGCUACCAACCUCUCUCCGAGCGAGACACCUGGUCCCUCGUCCAGGGCGGGAAAUACUACGUCGAGCGCAACGGGAGCGCGCUCAUCGCCUUUGCUGUCGGCGAGGCGUUCGAGCCCGGGAAUGGAGCCGCGGUGAUCGCGGGACAUAUUGAUGCGUUGACGGCGAGGCUGAAGCCCGUGCCGAGGUUGGAGGUGAAGGCGGGCUAUGAGCAGUUGGCCGUCGCGCCGUAUGCGGGGGCGUUGAAUAGUACGUGGUGGGAUAGGGAUUUGGGCAUUGGGGGGAAGGUGUUGGUUAGGGAGGGGGGGAAGGUGGUGAGUAAGUUGGUGAAGUUGGGCUGGCCGAUUGCUCGUGUGCCUACCCUUGCGCCUCAUUUCGGUGCUCCCUCUCAAGGGCCUUUCAACCAGGAGACUCAAAUGGUCCCUAUUAUCGGUCUCGACAACAGUGAUGUCAACGGUGCCAGCACGAUCAAGACGGAAAGUUACCAAGGUCAAUACGGCGGUGAACGUUCCUUCGUUAACACCCAGCCCGACCGGCUCGUCAAAGCGAUCGCGAAAGAACUCGGCAUCACGGACUACAGCACGAUCGUCAACUGGGAACUCGAGCUCUUCGACAUCCAACCUGCCCAAGUCGGCGGUAUCGACAAGGAAUUCAUCUUCGCCGGUCGCAUCGACGACAAACUCUGCUCCUGGGCCGCCGUCCAAGCUCUCCUCAACAGCACCUCUUCUUCUUCCUCCUCCUCCGCCGCCUCCUCCGCUCCUUCCAGUAUCCUCAAAGUCGUCGGCCUGUUCGACGACGAGGAAAUCGGCAGUCAACUCCGCCAGGGCGCAAAAGGCAACUUCCUCCCCUCCGUCCUCCAACGUAUCACAGACUCCUUCGCACACGGCCUCGAACCAACCUCGUCCCUCCUCUCGCAGACCUACGCCAACUCCUUCCUCGUCUCCUCCGACGUCAUCCACGCCGUCAACCCGAACUUCCUGAACGUCUACCUAUCGAACCACUCGCCCCGACUCAACACCGGUCUCGUCGUCUCGGCGGACUCGAACGGGCAUAUGACGACCGAUUCGGUGUCGACGGCGCUGAUGCAGCGCGUUGCGGAGAAGUGCGGGCAGAGGCUGCAGGUUUUCCAGAUUAGGAAUGAUUCGAGGAGUGGGGGGACGGUGGGCCCGAUGUUGAGCUCGGCGAUGGGGAUGAGGGCGAUCGAUGCGGGGAUUCCGCAGUUGAGUAUGCAUAGUGUGAGGGCGACGACGGGGAGCUUGGACCCCGGGCUUGGGGUGUUGAUCUUUCAGGGUUUCUUGGACCAUUAUGAGAGUGUGGAUUUGGAGUUUAGGGAAGUGUAG